UUCCCGGAACAACGGGAACAUGACCACGUGAUUCACACACGGCGUUUGUAAACACGGCGUGUUUAUGCGGCUUUCCAACUGAAUACUGAGCGGUCCCUAAAGCGCGUUUCAUUUCACUCCUGUUUAAAGUGAAAGAUGGAGGUGGAAACAGGAAGGCCGUAUUUCUUCGGUGAUAUCGGCUUCUGGUCGGAGAGGACAGAGGUACACAAGGCUGCAUAUCAAGGCCAGGUGUCCCAUCUGCAGUCACUGAUCCAGAGUGGAGCUUCAGUCAAUAUAGUAGCUGUCGACUCCAUCACUCCUCUCCAUGAGGCAGCUAUCCGAGGACAGACACAGUGUGUGAGGCUGCUGCUGGAUGCCGGAGCACAGGUGGAUGCGAGGAACGUGGAUGGCAGCACUCCUCUGUGUGAGGCCUGUUCUGCUGGGAGCUCUGAAUGUGUGCGGCUCCUCCUUGAGUACGGGGCAAAGGUUAACCCCGCCCUUACUUCUCGCACCACAUCCCCACUACAUGAGGCCUGCAUUGGAGGAAACGCUGAGUGUGUAAAGCUCAUGAUAGCAAAUGGAGCCAGUCUGGAAGCCUAUGAUCUGUACAACGGCACUCCACUUCAUGUAGCCUGCGCUAACCAGCACAUGGAGUGUGUCAAAGUGCUACUCAAUGCAGGAGCGAAAGUAAACGCAGUCCGGCUGCACGAGACAGCGCUACACCAUGCAGCAAAGGCCAACGACGUAGAAAUGAUCAAGCUGCUGGUUGAGUUCGGGGCAAACAUCUACGCCAAAGACAAGCACGAGAGGAAACCCGUCGACUACACCAGGCCUGACACACCCGCUGCUCUGUGUAUGCAGCUUUACGAGAGUUGUCCUCUGUCUCUGCAGCAGCUGAGCCGUAUCACACUAAGGCGUGUCCUGGGCACCAGAGCGCUGCCGGUCAUCACCCAACUGAACCUUCCCAAUUUCAUCAUUUGCUACCUCUCAUACCUGUGCCCUUUAUGGUCAAAGUUGGUGCACAUGUUAACUUGUAAUUGCCUGUCAGCAAAUUAAGGGCUAAACAGGUGUACACAGUUGGAGAACAAAACAAAGACAGGUGGAGACGGGACAAAAACCAAUACAAAGGCGCAUGGCGAUCACCACACAAAGGGGGAAUCCAUGACAGCAAUAAAUAAAAUGGAAACUUGACCCAAGAACCCACACUUUAUAUACACACACACAAUAAAAAGAUAGACUUGAAGUGUCAAAAUCAGAGCAGGAUGGAUGGGGUUGAGCUCUGAAGGACAUGAGUCGCUCUCCUCAUCUCAACUGUUGUUGAGAUGGAAGUUGAGACAAGUGACUAAAUGACACUUCAGAAACUCUUUUGUAUUGCAUUGAACUUCAACGCUGUUGUUACUACUUCAUUAAAUUCUGUUAGUAGGAUCUUGUAGGUUGGCAUAUUCUCCAAAAAAGCAAGCAUUCCUGAUUGGAAAUAAAAACUGGAUGUAUAGUAAGAGGUAAUUAAUGUUUAGGUCAACGGAGCACAAAAUCUAAUCAUCACGUCAUCACCUGUGCUCUGCCUUUAUUAUCAGCUUUCCUGUCGUUCUGGUCUGAUUAGUUCUGCUUCUCAGAACAACCUUGCGUGCAACAUCCGUGUUCACCUUUAACGGCUCUUAUUAAAUGCUCUUAUUACUUCUACAACAUCAGUGAUGAGUCAGUGCAUUUGAAUAGCAGAAAAUCUCAAGAAAGGUCACAACCUAUUUCACUAUGGAAACAAAACAUCACCAAC